AUGACUUGGGGAAAACAGGAUCUGGAGAAGACAACCUAUGUGCCAAUCCAGUACGAUCCAGAAUGCCCCUUCAAAUACAACAACUUCGUCUACAGCAUCACGCUCUCCCGUCCUCUCACCUCGCCGGAGGAUGUCAAGACUGAGCACAGCGACGGGCAGUUGCGGCAACAGCAGCCACAGCCGGAGCCGCAGCCGCAGCCAGGCUCUGUUGGUAUCCCUGUGGGUACACGCGACUUGAUCCUGCGCAUUAGCAACCCGGACGCCGAAGGCAUGCACUCGGCCACGCGGGUCGAGAAUGAAGUAGCCAUCCUCAACCUCGCCUCAGCUGCCCUCCGCCACGUCGAGCCGGCCGUGGUACCUCGUGUGUUUGCCUGGGGAAGUGCAAGCACUGCGGGUUCUCUGGGCUGGAUCCUCCAGGAGCGCAUGCGCGGGGCACCCGUCAACGAGGAUUUCGGAGCCAUGAGCCUGGAACAGAAGCUUGGAAUCGUCACGCAGAUGGCUGAGAUACUCAAAGCCCUGCAGGACUACAAACUCCCCGAGGGCAUCACCGGCUGGGGUGGUGCAACUUUUGAUGGUCAAGGGCGUAUUGUGAGUGCUGGCAUGCCUAGCGUUGGUUCCGGCCCUUGGGGCUCCUUCGAAGACUCCUACCGGGGUCGCCUGCACACGGCAAUCCAACGGGCGGAUGCGAACCCAUACAUUCAAGGCUGGCGCGCCAAUGGUGUCCGAGAACGCCUAGACGCUUUUAUCGAACGCGGCUUGCCUGCCCAGUUUGCUGCCCUCGCCUUCAAGUCCGACAGGGUCAUCGUGCAUGCCGACUUUACUACCAACAACCUCCUGUAUGACGCGUUCUCGCAUCGCAUCACGGCGCUUCUUGAUUAUGACUUCGCCGCCAUCCUGCAUCCCGCGUACGAGUUUCUCCGCUCCUUUGAUGGAGCAGGAGGUCAGCUUCGGGGCUGGUCGGGGGAUGAGAGCUCCGAGGAUGCAACGCUUCGGCAGGCGAAGCUCGAGGGUCGCUUCCCCUCUCCUCUCCCUGCCAACAGUGAUGCGAUCUAG